UAUUUGUUUUGUCGUCAUCUUUAAGGGACACUAAUAGAGAUGUGGGUGCGAGCUGCUACGUUCCGGAGUCGGCUUUCCGAGGUCUGCCGGUUGCUCUCUACGCAUAGUAAGGUACCACCCAAACCCACAUGGAGCCUGGAGCCCAAAACAGAGAGACAGGAUAGCUGCGUUAACGCGGAAGUCAUUGAUCACUUGGAGCACUUGGCACUGGUAGAUUUCCGAAACCAAGAAGGUGUGCAGCGUUUGGAAAAGGCCAUCCAAUUUGCUAACCAGUUGCAUCGCGUGGAUACGGAUGGCAUUGAACCCUUAGCAUCUGUUCUAGAAGACAGACCCCUGUACAUUCGUAAAGACUGCGUCACAGCAGGGGGCUGUGCAGAAGACCUGCUUGAAAACGCCAAUGUCAUAAUAGAAGAGUACUUUGUAGCACCACCAGGUAACAUCCCUCUACCGACCCACAGCGAGAACGGCUACUUGACAAAGUUAGACAAGAUGUAGUUUAAAAUCCAAUGACCAAAAUCUGUUUAUUUGGACAGCUACAGAUGCUCUGUUUAUUUAACUGAAACAGUUUCAUAAUAAAAAGGAAAAAUACAUACAAACUUGA